GACCCUGGCCUCAGCCCGGAGCCCGGGGACUGCAGAUAUGCAGCUGAGAUGACUCUUCAGGAACUGGUGAAUCAGGCAGCUGGCCUGUACUCUGAUAGAAAAGCAGUUUGGUUUGAUGAAUGCAGUGACAAACCUCCAACUUUCUACACAUAUGGGACGGUGGUUAAGCUUGCCAUGGAAUUAACAGCUUUCCUUCGAAAGCACUGUGAUCAGCAAGGAAAAUGUGAAAUUGGCCUUUACUGCUACCCAGGAAUAAACUUACCCUCUUGGAUCUUAGGAAUCCUUCAAGUUCCAGCUGCCUAUUCUGCUAUUGAUCCAGAUGCACCACCAAUGUUAUCUGCUUACUUCAUGAAGAAAAGCAAUCUUCAAUAUAUUCUUGUUGAGAAUGACAAAAUAGAUAAAUUCCGGAUGUCCCAUGUUGGUUGGUUUUACCACAGUUCUUCCACAAUAGAACAUAUUGGUUUAAGUCUCUUCCAAAUGAGCUCGAGCAACGCUGAUUUAAAUUCACAAGUAGACUAUGUGAAAAAUAAAUAUGAGCCUUUCAAAGCUAUGGGUAACUCGCAGCCAGGAUAUACCGUUUGCCCAGAUCAAACAGAAGUAAAAACAUCAGAAGGAGGAUACAUGGACGUUGGCCAGAAAUACUCUUUAGCAUACGUCUUGCAUACAUCAGGAACUACAGGGAUCCCCAAAAUAGUCAGAGUGCCUCAUAAAUGUAUAGUGCCAAAUAUUCAGCAUCUUAAAUCCAUAUUUGAGAUCACACAGGAUGAUACGCUAUUCCUGGCUUCUCCUCUAACAUUUGACCCAUCCGUGGUUGAAUUGUUCAUUGCUCUGACAAGUGGAGCCUCUAUUCUUGUAGUACCAAACACUAUUAAAAUGAUGCCGGUGGAGCUGUCUGCUGCUCUAUUUCAUCAUCACCGUGUGACAGUGUUGCAGGCAACACCAACACUUCUCAGAAGGUUUGGAGCUCACAUUAUUAAAUCAACAGUGUUGUCUGCAAAUACUUCACUUCGUGUCUUAGCCCUUGGUGGUGAAGCAUUUCCUGUACUCAAUCUCUUGAAAAGUUGGAAGCACAAGGAGAACAAAACAAGUAUUUUUAAUCUGUAUGGUAUUACUGAAGUGUCAAGCUGGGCCACUUGCUACAAGGUGCCUGAAGAGGUUUUUAGUGCUGAUUUUAGAACUGAUUUCCCUAUACCUUUGGGAUCACCGCUCCUUGGAACAAAAGUUGAAGUCAGAGAUACCAACGGUUCUGCAGUUGUAGAAGGCGAGGGACAAAUAUUCAUAGGUGGUGAAGAACGAAUCUGCUUUCUUGAUGAUGAAAUAACUGUACCCCUGGGUACAAUGAGAGAAACAGGGGAUUUUGUAAGAGUGCAGAAUGCGAAGUUGUUUUUCUUGGGUCGGAAAGACAAUCAGAUUAAACGUCAUGGCAAACGUUUUAAUAUUGAAUGUUUGCAGCAGGCUGCUGAAGAUCUUUGUCAGGUAGAAGCUUGUGCAGUGACCUGGUAUCAGCAGGAGAAACUUAUUCUGUUUGUUGUACCCAAAGAUGAUUUAGAAGAGAGAGAAACACUUAAAAAACUCCAGAAACAUCUACCAGCUCAUGCAGUCCCUGAUGAGUUUGUACCGAUUAAAGCUUUGCCUUUAACAUCACAUGGCAAAGUUGAUAUAUCUGAACUGAACAAGAUUUACCAGAACCAUCUAAACUCCAGAAGGCGUGGCAGUAAGCUGAGUGGCGCAGAGGAAUUGUGGGAAAGAUUGCAGUAUUUAUGGAAGUCUGUUCUGGGUCUCCUAGGUGAUUCCACCGGAAUUUCUAAAGAUGCGGUAUUUCUGUACAGUGGUGGAGACUCCUUAAAGGCUCUACGAUUAUAUGAUGAAAUUGAGAUGUUAGUAGGCAAAGCUGUGCCUGGACUCCUUGAAGUUAUUCUCAGCCGCUCAAUUGAAGAGGUUUACAAACAUAUACUUAAAAUUCUGUUUCCAGAUGAAGACCAAUUAAUGAAUUAUGACAAUGUUGUGAAAAGAAAAUCAAGUGGGAACAGUGGAGAGGACUUCAAUGGAAAAUAUAUUAAACUGAAAUCUGAAAGAGGACUUGAGGUUGUUUCAGGGUUAAUUUCAUUUAUUGCACUAAGCAGAGGAAAUAAUUUUUUUUCUAUGAAUUUCACCAAGUCUUUCAUGCAACCCCAUAAUACAGAGCAGGUAGGAGUGGAACUGUUACAGCAACCAUCCUUUCUGCAUUUAGUGACUCCAAGUAUAAUGAAAAGCCAUGUGCAAGGGUAUGAAAUGGAGAACAGAAUUUCAACAGUUAGGAACAAGGCAAAUAAAACAGACUGUUGCUCUGUACAGCAGAUCCAUGCAGAAUGUAGUCAUGUAACAACAGCAGAGUUGGCAUUAUGUAUAAGAUGGAAGUCAAAUACAAGAAAAUGUGUUGAUGCAUCACCACUGGUUAUAAUACCAUCUAACGAAGAAGUAUCUGCAUCUGUAUAUGUUGGCUCUCACUCUCAUGCAAUGCAGGCGAUUGAUCUAGAUUUGGGAGAAAUAAAAUGGGAGAAGAAGCUUGGAGAUCGUAUUGAAUCUUCUGCCUGCAUAUCUAAGUGUGGAAAUUUCAUUGUUGUUGGCUGUUACGAUGGCUUAGUGUAUGUGCUUCAAAGCAGUGAUGGAGAAAAACACUGGACUUUUGUCACAGAAGAUGCUGUGAAAAGCUCUGCAGUUGUAGACCCUUCCAGUGGACUAGUCUAUAUUGGAUCACAUGACCAACAUGUGUAUGCUUUGGAUAUUUAUAAAAAGGCAUGUAUAUGGAAGUUACAUUGUGAAGGUGGAGCUGUGUUUUCAUCUCCUUGUCUAAGUUCUUUUCCACAUCAUCUUUAUGCUGCCACACUAGGAGGACUAUUAUUGGCUGUAAACCCAGUGACAGGGAAUAAGAUUUGGAAAAGCUGCCUGGGAAAACCACUCUUCUCCUCACCUCACUGCAACGAGAAGUACGUUUGUAUUGGGUGUGUGGAUGGAAACUUAUAUUGUUACACUCAUUCUGGAGAAAAGGUUUGGCAGUUUUCCACUAAUGGACCGGUGUUCUCAUCUCCAUGCAUCUCAACUUUAACUAAGCAAGAAAUAUUUUUUGGCUCCCAUGAUUGCUUUAUCUACUGUUGUAACAUGGAGGGUAAUUUACUGUGGAAAUUUGAAGCCACUUCAAGUGUAUAUGGAACACCAUUUGUUUUUCAAAGUGAUGACUUAAAGAACAAAAUUCUCUUGGCAGCAGUAUCUACAGAUGGCAAAGUGUGGAUCCUGAAUGCCAAGAGUGGAACAGCAGAAGGAGUACAUAAGCUUCCAGGAGAGGUCUUCUCUUCCCCCAUAGUAUGGGGAACAAAGCUUCUUGUUGGCUGUAGAAAUGAUUAUGUUUACUGCCUAGAUUUGUAUAUAACAGGGAAAAAAGAACAGCUAAGAUGUUAGGCUGCUUCCUUUUUAUUGUUUACAUUUGUAAAUUAAGAACUCACAGGUGUUGUCUACCUCUCUGCCUAUUUUACUGUAGGCAAGAGGUGCUCUUUGCAGACUUCUUGGGAAGACUUCUCUGCACCAGGCAGUGUUGAGAGUAGGUAAAGUGAUGUUUGUUGACUUGCUGUACUGAUUGAAGGAGGAUGGCUGCUCAGCACCCAGCCAAUAUUUUCACUGUCCCUCCCUCAUUUCCCAGCUCCGAUUCAUGAAAGGACAUGUUUCAGAUGGUUUGAAUUUGA